AUGGUCCAUCCAGACGUGGUAGCGGAAACGUCGGUAGCGAUAGAGGUGGGCGUGGACGCGGAGGCCGUGGAGCUCCAAGGGGAAAUCGAGGGAGUAGAGGAAGAGGAGGAAAUGGGCUACCACACCGCCAAUCAUUCCGUGGAUCUCAAAGAUUCAGAGGUGGAAGUCGGUCAUAGUAAAAAAAUCGCCAACAUUUGCACUUCUGAAUUGAACACUCCCACAAACAGGCAUCUGGACGGUGAAAGGGGGUGGUGGAGGAUGGUGAUGCUGUAG